AUGUGCAUUGUGCAUAUCAGAUCAAUAGGGCCGAAGGAAUUGCAUGACAGCAGAGGCUCCGUUAAUUUGGUGAAUUGUGUGCAUGUGUGUGCCCAGGGGGGCACACCCUGUACAAAUUGUUGCAGCACAAGAUGCUCAAACCAGGCUAGUUCUUCCACCCAGUGUGCCGCACUACUCCCGAACCCACCAGCCCUAGCUAGGGGCCUGACCCUACGGUUGAAGCGUUGCGUACCCGCUAGUCAGCUAGUGCCCCCUCCACCUAAGAGGAAACGUUCAAGAAAUUUACUUGGGAGGCCUCCCUCCCCGCACCACGAAGGGGGACAUAAGAAUUGCCCUCCAUUGUUUUGGAGGAACCAGCUCGGUGGACAUCCCAUGGGCGAAGGGAAGGGAGGGACGCCUUCGUUCUCUACCCCACCUCCUGAGCAGCCACAAACAUCCCUGCAGGUUCAUCUGGUCCAUCAGCAGAAACCAUCCCAAAAAAUGCAUUUGGGCGGCCUUUAUCCAGGCGUGACUAUAUUAUAGGAGAGGUUAAGGAGGCCCUCCUAAUCCUCCCUUGUUUCGGGGAAAGCAUUUGAAGAACCCCAAGACAAACACAAAGACAGCUGGUUUCACGCCCGAGGAGAGACAGGACUUCACAGAGCUACUGGAGGAGAGUUUCGUGGACACCUUCCGUCACCUGUAUCCCGACCUCGCUGGAGCGUACACUUACC